UCAGAUAGUAGUGAAAUAAAAUCUAAUUUGUUGAUGAAAAUUUAUUUCCAUAAAAUUUGUCAUUACCAAAUGUUUCUAUUUCACAAUUAAAUUUUGCCGGGUUGAUUCAGAUCACAGGAGGCGUUUGUUUCUCCAUCCGAUGUUAGGUUGAAUACACUGUGGUUAAAUAUUACUCCGAAACAAAUAAUGAAUUUUGAGAUUUAACUUGCAAAUAUCUACUUAUAUACAGACACAAUCGCUAAUUAGAUUUUGAUAAUCUGAGGUUAUAAAUGUCACGUGUAUCCAAUCUGUACAUGUUAUAAGCACAAAAAACUUCAUGUCCGAAUUUGAAACCUUUAAGCUCUGUAAUUUAAAUUUUUUGUAUACGAACUUAACCUAUGACCAGCUGUUUUGUUUGAAUUUUGUUUGAUUAUUUAUCCAGCUAUUCGUGGUAACACUUCAAAGAAAAAUUUGGUAAGUUGCUUGUUUGAGUCACCUUUGUAAUUUUAUUACUCUUAUUUAUUAGAAAGUUGGCAUUUUUCCCAAUUAUGGACACCUAUAUCUUGAAUUGCCAUACGUGCAUGAAUUAAUAAGCGACCAAACCCAAUCACAGAUUCUAAUCUUAUUGAGACAUACCAGGCCCGAAGAAAUAUUUUCAAUGGAUUGGUUCUUUUCCGGCAGUCAGCAAGUUCGCCCUCCAUCUAGAAUAUGAGACGUUUUGCAGUAAGGCAGCUAUCUCGAGGAAUUGUGCGUAAUAAAAACAUGAGCGUCUUCACACAGAGCUUCAAUCCAAUGACAGGAACAAUAUGCUGGGAAGAGAAAGAUCCGGAUUAUGAUUAUCACCAAGAAGUGGCGCGCUCAGCAUUCGCAGAUAUGCUGCACGACAAAGAAAGGAAUGAAAAAUAUUUUGCUGCUUUAAAAGCAGCGAUUGACAAAAAACAUGCGUUAGGAAAAAAAGCUAACGUACUUGAUAUUGGGACUGGAACAGGCCUGCUCUCAAUGAUGGCUGCCAAAUGUGGGGCUGAUACAAUAACUGCGUGUGAGGCAUUUAAACCAAUGGCAGAAUGUGCAAUUAAAAUAAUCGAAGAUAAUGGAUAUGCGGAUAAGAUUAAAUUGAUUUUCAAACGAUCAACAGAGAUCACUGUUGGAAUAGAUGGAGAUAUGCCAAAUCGUGCCAACAUUUUAGUUACUGAGGUUUUUGAUACUGAAUUAAUCGGGGAAGGCGCAUUAUCCACAUUUCGACAUGCUCACAAGGUUUUGCUGGAUAACGACAGUAUAGUUAUUCCACAUAGCGGCACAGUCUGGGCUCAAGUUGUUGACAGCCCACUGGUAUGUGCUUGGAACAGGAUAGAACCAGUUUUGAAUUCUACUGGUGAUAAAAUCCUUGUUGAUACGCCAACUGUCACUAGAUCAUGCAGCGGUGCUGCUGCAGUCCAUGAUUUACAGCUUAGUCAGUUGCCACGUGACUCAUUCAAACUUUUGACCAAACCUUUGGCAGUCUGCAGAUUCGAUUGGUCUGAUGUAGCAACCCUUCAACUGUCAGAAAGCUUCAGUCAUAAAACUAAAUCCAUUGCAGCAGGCACUGCGCAUGCAGUAUUUAUGUGGUGGGAUUUGAAGAUGGAUACCGAGGGGCAGGUACUUUUAAGCUGUGCACCAGUUUGGGAACAUCCAGAUGUGAAGUUAGAGUUGAAUCAUGGAAAGAGCACAGUUGAAUUGAAUGAAAAAAUUCCAUGGAGAGAUCAUUGGAUGCAAGCAGUUUAUUACCUAUCACCGGCGUAUGAAAUUUGCUCUGGACAAGAAUUAACGUUGGUCACUUCUCAUGACGAAUAUUCUUUCUGGUAUCACCUGAAUGACGGAUCAAGUAUGGAUGAAGUCAACUAUCAGCGACCAAUAUGUGACUGUUUCGUUCACUUGGCCUACUCGAGAACACGAAUAGGGCAAUUGAAUGAUAAGAAGCGCAAUAAAAAGUACAUACAAGCAUUAGAAAAAAGGAUCACGUCAGAUUCUGUAUGCUUGUGUUUGUCAGACAAUUGCUUGCUAGGUUUAGCUGCAGCUAAACUUGGAUCAAAGAAGGUUAUCAUUUUUGAGAGUAACGGUCUCUCCCACAGAGUGAUGGAAAUGUUUGUGAAGGCUAAUGGUCUGUCUGAGAAAGUUCGCAUUGUUAAUUCGAAAGAUGAUUUGAAUCCAGAUGAUGGAGUGAACUUAAUUUUUGGCGAACCUAACUUUGUUACUUCCAUUCUCGCAUGGGAUAACAUAUACUUUUGGCAUCUGAGUUCGAGAUAUCCAAAGCACAUUGCACGCAUACCAUCGGCAGUUACCGUCAGAGCUGUUGCAGUAGAAUUCAAAGAUUUACACAAGAUCCGUGCACCAGUUAGAAAAUGCGAAGGAUUUGAUAUGUCUAGGUUUGAUGAACUUGUUCAGGAACAAUUUUUACAGGUUUCUAGUGAUAUAAGCGAUAAUCAGAUAGAAGCACAUCCUCUUUGGGAAUAUCCGGGACAGGCUUUGACGGCUCCUUUCACCGUUGUAGAAUUGCACCUUGACAGAAAUAUAGAUCAUCAGCCUGAUAUUCAAAAUUCUGAUACAGCUUUCAUAGCAUGUACUGGAAAUUGCAAUGGAGUUGCGUUAUGGGUUGACUGGACUCUGGAUGCGUCAACUGAGGUCAGUACAGGUCCAAUAAAAGAUAUUGUUCCUGGUUCUAACAUAUCUUGGGAUCCAUACACGCGACAAGGUGUUUUUCUUCCGAGAAAGAAUUUUGCGGUUACAAGAAAUGACCUUUUGCAAUGGUCUGUGCACUUUUCCCCAAUCAGUGGUGCUGUACAAUUUACGUUUAAAAUUACAAUGGGAGAUAAUUAAUAUGAAUGUACACCAAAUAUAUUUAAUUUUUUUUUUCUUCUCAA